AUGCAACUUCAGUUUACAGAUGAGGAAGCUGUCUAUCGAUUCUACAAGACUUAUGCAAUGAUGCACGGUUUCGCUGUGAGGUUGGAUGAAGUCAGACGCGAUAGCGAUGGUUCCGUUGUUUCGUUCUACGAAGAGCACUCUCAUGAAUUAGUUGCUCCACUCGACGUUAGCAUGAUGCCUGAGUAUCGCACAUUCAGUGUAUCGGAUAAAGCUCAAGCGAAGAAUUUGCACGACAUAGGCAUCAGGACCUGUCACAUCUUGGGAUACUUGGCUGCUCAAAAAGGUGGAUAUGCAAACUUGCCAUUCAACCAAAAAGACAUGUACAACCUCAUUACUCAAUAUAGGAAGGAAAAGGUGAAGGGUGGUGAUGCAAAUGCUGCAAUAAGCUAUCUGAGAGGUAAAGCUGGGAACGAUUCUUAUUUCUUUGGCAAGUACACAUUAAGUAAUGAGAAUCAAUUGGAAAAUUUGUUCUGGGUUGAUGGGACUAGCCGCAUUGAUUAUGAGUGCUUUGGGGAUGUGUUGACGUUUGAUUUGACUUACAAUAGGAAUGUCUACAAUAAACCACUUGUUAUAUUUUCUGGUAGCAAUCAUCAUGGGCAGACCGUCGUAUUCGGUUGUGGUAUUCUUGUUAAUGAGGAUAUUGGUUCAUACAAGUGGCUCUUGGAAACUUUUUUGGAAGCAAUGGGGAGUAAACACCCUACGGCAGUUGUCACCGACGGAGAUCUUUCAAUGAGAGAAGCAAUUAAACAGGUCUUUCCUUCUGCAACACAACGACUAUGUGCAUGGCACUUACAUAGGAAUGCAUGCGAGAAGGUUAAGAACAGUGGAUUUCUAAUGGACUUCAAGCAAUUGAUUUAUGCCAAUGUGAGUGUUGAAGAGUUUAAGGUCAGGUGGGAAGACAUGGUGGCCAGGUAUAACUUAUCAAGCAACUCUUGGGUCGUCCAAACCUAUGAGAUGAGGAAUCUAUGGGCUCUUGAAUAUUUGAGGGACCAAUUUUUUGGGCGAAUCAGGACAACAUCCCAGUGUGAAGGGAUUAACUCUCUAAUAAAAGCAUAUGUGAGAAAGAAAGAUACCCUUCUUGAAUUCAUCAAUAACAUGGAGACCGUGGUUAGCCAUUACAGGAACAAUGAAAGAGUCGCAGAGUUCAAUAGUAAAUAUACCGCUCCAGUACUUGUGACUUCUUUGCCGACACUUGAAGAUUUUGCUGCAAAGACUUUCACUCGUAAAAUGUUCCGGGAGGUCAGGAAGGAAAUUGAGGGUGCUUGUGCAAUGAAUACAGAGUUGGUAAUUCAGGAUGGUGGAAAACUAUACUUCAAGUGUAACAUUUUUGGAGUGCCAGAGAUUCAUCAUGUGGUUGAGUUUGACAGAGUUCGGGGGAUUCUCCGUUGCGAGUGUGUGUUGGGUGCUGAGUGUUCUAGGUUGAUGGAUUUGGCCUGUAAGAAUUCAAGUGACUUUGUGGAAGCAAUGAAUAGUGUUGUCGACACAAUUACAAAACUCCAAAAGCGAGGUGAAAAUCCACGUAACGCUAACUUAGACGAUGACUGCGUUGGUGACCCAUUGGUGGUGAAGAGUAAGGGAGCUCCCAAGAAAAACUCAAAAUUCAAGCAACAGAGAAAGUGUUCAAACUGCGGUGUGACAGGGCACUACAACAAAAGUUGUCCUAAUGCUCCUGGUAGAAUCCCAAAGGAGCCAGUAGACGAUGAUACAGAAACGAAUAUCAGCAGCAUCCUCCCUAAGCGCAAAAGACAUGACAGUGUGAAAAAUCAGCAUAAGAUGGAAAAAGAUAGUAACAUUGGUGGUGGAACAGCACCAACCUCAGCAGCUAAGUCGGCUUUUAUUGAUCAAGUGAAAACAUCAAGUCUUGGUCCCAAUAUCCCGGUUUGUGCGUCUACAAGUAACGAAGAGUCCGGGAUGGGUUCCAUACCAGCUGGGUCUUCUGUUGUGGCCCCUGAAACUGGAAUGGCAGCUUGA